UUCUCUCCUGUUGGAUAUGUUAUAUGAACACAUUCAAAUCAGAAGAAGCAGCAAAUGAUUAGAUUUUUAUCCACUGGAGCCAUCAGCUCUUGAGAUAUUUAGAAGCUGGUUCAACUGGGAUGGAAUCUCGGCAUUUGUUUAUUGUAGUGUCUUUAGUUUUUGCACUUUGUAGAAUGCAGUUGACUGUCUGAUUUGUUAAAUCAGACUACAGAACUGAGCUGCAUGCUUAUCGUUUCAAUUCAAAUUAGGAGGUGAAGUUUGACUGUCAUUUGUGAGCGGGGAUUGCAUUCUGCUGCGUUGUAGCUGUUCAUUCUGACAUUCAUAGUCCGAUGUGGCACCGCUUACCAAAUUAAACCAAAUGUGAGAACCAGUUACAUGUUCUACCUCCUGGCGAGAAGUAGAACUGGUUCUCAUUCUGGACUAAAGUAUUUACUGUAAAGACCGUUUCCUCAUCUCUUUUAGUGUCUCCUCUUAUGUAGUGAAAUGGUAUCAUUAAUAGAUCUAAGCUAUUACUAAGAGUUUGUUGUUGCAGUUUCACGUUUGGAGCAUGUAGAGACAGGCGACCCACAUAGAAACACAACAGGAUGCAUAAAGUGAGUUUUGCAUAAUAUGGCACCUUGUAAAAUAUAUCAGUUCAUUCAAAUGCUUUAUGUGAUUUGAAAUAGCCACACAUUAUUAUACGUACAUUAUUCCUGCAGGCUUACUGAAACUCCACAAACUAAACAUUGUGCAGCGGUAGGGCUGCACAAUAUAUCGAACAGUUAUCGUCAUCGGGAUAACAGGACGUGCGAUAGGCCCAUCCCAAAGCACGUCAAAAACGGCGAUAAAUGUUUGGUUCAAACAUUUCCAUCCGUGUCAUACAUCAGCUUUUUGUAAACCAGCUCUGUUUUUUACGCAGAAGUAUUAUUUGACCAAUCAAACGUAGCCCUUCUGAUAUGCGGCCAAUCAGAUGGGUCCGUUCACGUAAUACGCCCGCCCCCUACGUAGACCCUUAGGAUGGAACGCAACACCCGAACUGAGUUAGCGGCGCCGUUCCCUUGUUCAUCAUGCUGGCUCAGAUUAACGAACGCACUUUGUGCUGAGGUUUCUGGAUUCAGCGCUGCUUUCAAACGUGAACAGCGCCCACAUAUCCAUGAUCGAUGCCCUCAUGAUGGCGUACACAGUGGAGAUGAUCAGCAUUGAGAAAGUGGUGGCUUCUGUAAAGCGCUUCUCUACCUUCAGUGCCUCUAAGGAGCUGCCCUUUGACCUUGAGGAUGCUAUGGUGUUCUGGAUCAACAAGGUGAACAUGAAAAUGAGAGAGGUUACAGAAAGGGAGCACAAAGUCAAGCACCACCCUCUGGAGUCCCCGAGCCAUCCGAAGUCUCCCUCCAAAUGGUAUUGGAAACUAGUCCCUGUGCGGUAUCGUCGGGAGCAUGCAUCAGGUCGCCUGCUGCCUUUCUUCCCGCUGCUAGAAGAUCUCAUGAGGGAUGUGUGUGAUGGAGCGGCGCUGCUGAUUGUGGUCCAUUACUACUGUCCAGACAUCAUGAAGCUGGAGGAUAUUUGCCUGAAGGAAGUUCCUUCCAUCGCUGAUAGCCUGUACAACAUCCAGCUGCUCCGAGAGUUCGCCGGUGAAUAUCUGAACAAAAGUUGCUAUCUGACAACAGAGGACAUGCUCUAUUCGCCACUUGUUCUCAAGCUCAAUCUGAUGGUCUUCAUUGCUGAAUUAUUCUGGUGGUUUGAAACCGUCAAACCAACGUUUGUUCAACCCAGAGAUUUUCAGGAGUUUAAAGAUGCUCGAGCUGUAGCUCAUCCCAAGACCUCCCGUCCAUCAGUGCCCAUCUCCAAUGCCACCAAGCGCAGCUUUUUGGUUAGUCCUGGUGUCACCGACAACCAGAGCAGCCCUGAAGUCUGUAACAGGUACUUCCUGCACCCUGAAGACUCUGACCCCCUUAAGGGGGGUCCACCCUUCAAUGCCUCUCAUCCACUGCUCCCCCUGAGGCAGAGGCAACAAAAAUCACACGGAGAAGACAGUGCAGGUUUGAGAAAUCGUUCAAACUCCCUGACUCAGAUGGAUGGACAACAGCUCAGGGGUUCUGCUGCAGCGUGGCCCGACAAAAGGCAAAGACCCAUGUCCACGCUGAGCCCCUUCAUGCUGCGCUCAGCCACAGAAAGCGAUGCUGACAGGUCCUCUGGGGAUAGCGUGAGCCUGGCUCGAUCCAUUAGUAAGGACAGCCUGGCAUCCAACGUCAUCAACGUCACUCCAAAGCACCAGAUUCCUGUCCAGCAGUCAUCGUUCGCCGCCAUGCGGAGAGUCAACGGUCACAACCAAGUGGGCCGCGAUACCCAUGAGGAUGAGGACGAAACUCUGGUGGCAGUGGCCAGAAGCGACGGUCCCAUCAGUCCCACACAGGAUGAUGCCACUGCUGGACCAAAACCUCCCCCAGAACCCAAACCUGCUCCAGAGGGUUUCUACCUGGAACCACUCAUGCCCGCUGUUCUCAGAGCGGCUAAGGAGAAGUCUGUUUGUCUGAACAAGGAGGAGGAAAGCGGGGAGGUGUCCCGGUCUGCAGGUAGAGGCUCUUUGCGCCGAGGAGACGGAUCUUCAGCAGCCGUUCGUAGGAAAGCUCCCUCCAGUCUGAACCAAACAUUUCCUCCUCCAGGUGAAGAAGAGCACUUGUCAGAGGAGCAGCUGGAUGCUUUCAGACCAGAUGUUACCAGCAGUGUGGCCUACUCCUCCAGAGAGCCAGCUGAAGGUUUCCAUCUUCAUUCAGACUCUGAGGACCUGAAGUGCGGCCAAGGCCUGGACGCUGAGCUGGAGAACCUCGAUGAGGAGGAAGAGGAUUUGGAUGAAGCGAUCACCACGAAGGAUUUAAACUUUCCAAGAAAAGCAUACAGCGAUGUGGAUGAAGAAGAAUCGGCAAAGCUCAGAGAGGACAUGAAUGUCAAAGAGCACGAGGACAAGGACCUGAACGGGGGCAGCGGCCGGUCCAGUCCUUGUCUCAGCACACACUCCCAAGCCAGCAGCAUGGCCAGCGGCAGUGUGCGCAUGACCUCUUUUGCUGAGCGUAAAGCCCAGCAGCAGCGCUUCGGCAGCAACCACGACCUACGCUCCAGUGCCUCCAGCUCCCAAAGGACCACUCCCGAUGGGUCGGAGAGCAGCGGGCCUCUGUCCUCGUCCUGGAGGCUGAAGAGGGAUCAGAGCCCCUCUUCUCCCUUGGGAGGGUGCUCUCGUCCAGGGGAGGGCGGUGCAAAUGUGCUGGCCUCUGAAAUCAUCCAGCUCCGCAUGCAGCUGGAGGACAAGCGACGUGCCAUCGAGCACCAGAAAAAGAAGAUGGAGGUGCUGUCAGCGAGGCAGAGGCAGCAGUUGGGGAAAGCAGCUUUUCUGCACAUUGUAAAGAAAGGGAGGAGCGACACUCUCCCCACCUCGCUCAAGUCUGACAUCCCUAAAGACGAGCUCAAUGGCGAGAGACGACCUCCGAGUAAAGACGACACGUGUGUGGAUUCGUUGAGGGGGGAGAAAAAGGUGGAGGGGAGCGCCCCCCCUGGUGCCUUAGAAGCAGACAAGAAGGGAAACGGUGAAAGCUUUUAUCUGGAUGAAGAGCUGGACCUGAAUGAAUGCAGCCGCUCCAUCGAGCUUCUGAACGAAGCCAUCGGCAGCAUCCAGCAACAGAUGAUGCAGCUCUCUCUGCAGCAGGAGGUGCUGAUGAGGCAGAAUGUACAGUCCCCACCUGGUGCAGCCCCACCGGCUAGUCGCACAGCAGACCGAAACGGCGACCCAAAGACGGGCUUCCACUUUGUGGAGCACCUCUCUGGCUCUGGCAGCACUCCACCCAGGAAACCACCCAAACUGAGCUCAGGCCGGAGCUCCAGAUCCAAGCCGUCUGAGCUAAAGAUGGCUAAAGAGCAAGGCAGGCAGGCCUCCAGAACCCUCACCCCAACCCAGAGCGGGUCAGAGACGUUGCCAACCCCAAAACAGCUAGCUGGGGGCAGGUCCCCCAGAGUGGAGCAGCCAGAGCGUCCCAGAAACCCCACAAACGUAGACAGGCCGGGGUCGGGUCACAUCCACAGCGCCACCUUCCGCCUUCACGACGACGCAAACGUGCGCCUGCCGACCCGAGUGGACCUGACAACUGUGGCUGCUGCAGAAGUGUCCUUCGAGUGCCUGUCCAGCACCCCGAGAGAGUCUGAACUCAAUUCUUCAGACAGUUCAGGGAAGGACAACACGCCGUCCGAGGAGGCGCAGCGCGCCAAAACCCACCUGAUAGAGGUGGAUCUGUCCGAGCUAAAGGCUCCCGAGGAAGAGGAGGGUGGUGAGCACCAGUCAGCAGAAGGAGGUGAUGAUGGAGACCAGAAGUCAGUCAUGGGCUUCUUCUUUAAGGAUGAGCAAAAAGCAGAAGAUGAGCUUGCCAAGAAGAGGGCGGCUUUUCUACUGAAGCAGCAAAAGAAAGCCGAGGAGGCUCGACUCCGCAAACAACACCUGGAGGCCGAAUGUGAACUCAAACGUGAUGAAGCCAGACGGAAGGCAGAGGAGGACCGUGUGCGAAAGGAGGAGGAGAAGACACGGAGGGAGCUGAUCAAACAGGAAUAUCUGCGAAGGAAGCAGCAGGAAAUCUUUGAGGAGCAAGGCCUGGGAAAGCCCAAGACCCCCAAACCCAAGCAGAAACACAAACACAAGGCUGUCCUCCGAGAGGAGUCUCCCAGCGAUCGUUUCCCCAAGUGCUCUUCCACACCGGACAACCUGACCAACGCUCAGUCAGGCUCCAACCUGUCGCUGGCCUCAGGGGCAACCAACGAGGCCGACAGCGUGAACUCUGGAGGGGCUGGCUCUCAGCGCUGCGACUCCGUGGAGUCUUUUCCAGGCAGUCGCAACAACAGUCGAACUGCAGAGAGAGACUGGGACAACGGCUCCACUGCGUCUUCCAUCACUUCCAUGGCUGAGUAUACAGGUCCUAAACUCUUCAAGGAGCCGAGCGCCAAGUCAAACAAGCCAAUCAUUCAUAAUGCAAUCUCUCACUGCUGUCUGGCUGGGAAGGUCAACGAACCUCAGAAGAACCAGAUCUUGGAGGAGCUGGAGAAGUGCGAGUCCAACCACCUGAUGAUCCUGUUUCGUGACGGUGGCUGCCAGUUUCGAGCACUCUACUCGUACUUCCCAGACACCGAAGAGAUCCAGAAGCUGACGGGAACGGGACCUAAGAGCAUCAGCAAGAAGAUGAUCGACAAACUGUACAAGUACAGCUCGGACCGAAAGCAGUUUACGGUCAUCCCUGCCAAGACGGUGUCGGUCAGCGUGGACGCCCUGACCAUCCACAACCACCUGUGGCAGGCCAAGAGAGGAGCCGUGCCAAAGAAAAGUGGGAAGUAGCGGCUUGUUUUAGACCUACUCUCACCUAGAACCAUCUUCUCCUCAUCUUGCUUCUUUCCUGAAUGCACGCCUCACCGCUAAGCUGAACAUCUGAAGGUCCACAUCUGAGGAACGUGGACCAAAGCAGAAAUGACUAGCUCCUCCUCCCUGUGGUGUCGGUGCAAUCAGUGCAAGUUUAUUUUAGUUUCUCUGAAGCAAGCAUGUGGCAUUGUGCCUCUCGCAUACAUGGGAUGUUCAUUUGUACAUGAAGUAUUUAUUAGUUCAGCACUGUCAUGCUUCAGCUGCAGCACUACAUCCUUUCUUCUCACCGGGGAAGACUGGACGUGACGUCAGGGAGACGUGUGUUUGACCCUUUAGGGCUGUCGCGAUGCCGCUCCAGCAGCCAGGCGUCGAGUCGGGCUGCCUCGCCGGUGGAGCUGCUGCUCUGAACGGUCUUCUUUGUGUGUUUUUGUCACAGGGAGCUUCCCGGGCCUCCCUCGGACAUCCGUUGGCCUUUCGCGCAUCGUGGUACUGUUGUCUAUUUAUUCAGCCGCUUUUUAAACCGGACGCUGAUCGUGUAGCACUGGAUGUGUGUAUUACAGAUGUAAAAAAUCAGCUGUGGUCCUUUUAAUUACUUUUAUUAGUUAAAACAUCCUUUUUUUCUCAAGGAUGUGGAAAAAAGGGAUUAACAGGCUUUGGUACAACAACAAUGCUCUGUUUGCUUUUAGCGGAGCGGAGCGGUCGAGUUUACACUUCAUAACGACGACUCUGAUGUUUAGAGCUUAGUUGUGUUUUCUCCACUGGGCACUCCCGAACUGUCCUGUACCGAGGUGCACUCAUGAACACUUGUCGACAGCUUCUCUUCAUGCAAUGUAACCCCCCACCCCCCCCCACCCCGAGAGUGUUAUUGUCGGCCAUCUUUAGUCACACAAGCAGAGCACACACUCUUAUUGUGAAGGGUGCUUCCUGCUCCGCUCUGUAACUGUUGGAUGACAGUAUUUGAUGCGUGCGUGCGUGCGCGUGCGUGCGUGCGUGUGCGUGUGUGUGUGUGUGUGUGUGUGUGUGUGUGCGUGUGAGGGUGUGGGUGAGGGACCGUGGUUUAGGUGUGUACCAACAUUAAAGAACAUUCCUCCGGGGUGUUGACGAACGCCGCCACAUGGUCUCUCUUCUCUGUCCUUCCCCAGAAAAUCAAAGUGCUUUUUUCUUCUUCAUGUUUUUUAUUUUUUAACGAACCGCUUUCGGGCCUGGAGGAAAAGCGGAAGUGUCGCACGAGCACUUUACUCGGCGUGUGGUUGCAGAUUCCACAUGAAAACUCUAACUGCUGCUUCUGCUCGGCCAGACACGACGAGUGAACACGCCCACCGCCGAAGCGUUACUACUGCUGUCUCCACACACCCCGCCGUACCGGACACGCCGUUCGCUGCGUCCCCAUGUGUUUGUUUGUUUGUUUGUUUUUAGAGGGCAGCUUGUUUGGGGUGGUUGUAGGUCUCUAAAUGUAUGAAAGUAUAUUUUUAUGUUCACUAAAAGAUUGUAUUUGGUCACCGUUUUUGUUACUAGUGUACUUUUCAUCCACGUUGAUUUUUAUCUUUGAUCCCAUGACAUCUAUUUAUUAAAAAAAUCGAAGCACUGAAAACAAUAAAAUCUCAACUGAAUAAAAGUCAUUUUUAUUUGUU